AUGCGAGCUCUCGAAGCGAGUAAGAGACUCUCUCGCGCUCUCUUCACUUUCAAUCCUUCUUAUUGGCGCUCGUUACCGAGCUUGUUACCGUCACCCGACUGUCAUCGGAGCACUGCCGACAGUAAUGGUGGCACGUGUCUACUACGCUCCCCGUGGUCCGUCAGUCAACAUCGUGGCGUCAAAGUCAACGCUUCUCAUGUGAGGCCUGGGAAUGUCAUUGAAAAAACAGGGAAGUUUUACCAGGUCAUAGAAGCACAACAUAAGCAGCGAGGAAGAGGAGGAGCCAUGAUGCAGAUGGAGCUUCGUGAUGUAGAUACUGGAAACAAAAUAAGCUUACGGUUUGGUACAGAGGAGGCUGUUGAAAGGGUAUUUGUUCAGGAAAAGCCUUUCACAUGUUUAUACACUGAAAGUGAUAUUGCAUUUCUAAUCGAUUCUGAGACAUUUGAGCAACUGGAAGUAGCUUUGGACUUGUUUGGAAAGGCUUCAGCAUACCUGAAAGAGGGAAUGAAAGUUUCACUAGAGUUAUUUGAUGGAAGACCUUUGUCUGCAAGGAUGCCAAAACGUGUUACAUGCACCAUUAAAGAAAUUCAUGUUUCUACAAAGGGGCCUACAGUCACACCUCGGUAUCAAAGGGCUGUGCUGGACAAUGGUGUCACUGUACUGGUACCGUCCUACCUUGAAAUUGGUGAAGAAAUUUUUAUCAAUCCCGAGGACGAUUCCUACAUUGGCAGGGCGAAGUAGAACUUGUAAGCGGCUGUGUUUUGAAGGAGAUGUCGUGAAAGUCAUUUGCAUGAAAUGUUUCUGCAUUAUUGGUAAUGACUGACUCGAUAAGCUUAUUAUUGUAAGAUAUUCCAUUAUUACUUUGGACAUUGGGGUCCAAGGAAACAAAUACAAAUUUUUGCAGGAAAGGAUAAAGUUUUACAUUGUUUAUUGUCAUCAAUAAAUGCUGUGCUGUUUAUGGUAGCAUGAGCCAGUUAUUUACCUUACCUUGUAUGUUACAUUUCAGAAAUGUCAUUUUUGAAGAUGCUUACUAAUUUUAUGGUAAAUU